GGGGGAAGAGAGAGAGAAAAACGAGACAGGGGUAGUGGAUGUAGCUGUAGCUGUGGGCCGGGGGGUGAGCUACCUAGCCCGGGCUGCUCUGCUGAAACAUCCAUGGGUGGCUGUGUCGGGAGCCACCACGACUCUUCGGGCAGCUUAAACGAGAACUCGGACGGCACUGGAGUGGCUCUAGGGCGUAACCAGCCCCUGAAGAGAGAGCGGCCUAAAUGGAAAAGUGACUACCCGAUGACUGAAGGCCAGCUGCGCAGCAAAAGAGAUGAGUUCUGGGAUACGGCGCCAGCUUUCGAAGGCCGGAAGGAGAUCUGGGAUGCGCUGCGGGCUGCGGCCAGCGCCUUUGAGAGCAAUGACCACCUGCUGGCUCAGGCGAUCCUUGACGGAGCCAGCAUCACACUGCCACAUGGAGCUCUAACCGAAUGCUACGAUGAAUUGGGGAAUCGAUACCAGCUGCCAGUCUACUGCCUCUCUCCCCCCGUCAACAUGAUCGAGGAACGCUCCGAUGAACCCGACGGUUCAGAUCCUGACUCCGGAACCACCGACCCGUCCUUGGGCAGCGCCGGUGAGCCUGGCACAGGAGGGGAAUGCCAGCUUCGGCUUCGCCUCUCCACGGGUCGCGACCUCCGGCUGGCAGUCCGUUCCACGGACACAGUAGGCAUAAUGAAGCGGCGUCUACAAAGUCAGGAGGGCGUGCCUGCCGCAACGCAACGCUGGUUUUUCUCAGGGCGGCCCCUGACAGACAGACUGCGCUUGGACCAACUCAACAUCUCAAGAGACUAUGUAGUGCAGGUCAUCCUCAGCCAGCGACCACCACCAGAGCCUGAAACUACACCAGAAACAUCAGGGCCAGUGGCAGCAGAAGAAGUAGCCGCACUGCCACAAGAGCCCACGCCGGAGGAGGAUUGAUGCUCCCAAACUGGCAGCCUGGAACGGGGCAUACCAGUGAUGUGAUAGUAUAAAAGUUGGAGGAUAACAAGGGACACAAAAGAAGCUGAUUUCUCUUCUCUUCUCUUUUCUCUUCUCAGACAUUUUUUGCUGAGAACUUUGUUUGGGCUGAUAUUAGGCAUCUGCUGGAGCAUAAGGACUCUUGGAUUGAGAAAAGACUAAUCCUUUUGGUUUUUACACAUUGAAAUUUUGACCUUUUUUGAAGUCUUUUUAACUGUUCCUAUGGAAACCAAACAGCAAAAAGAGAACUUUGUCAGAUGGUUAAAAUGGGUUUUCUUAGCAACACUGAUAUUUGAAUGUUUCUGUGUUUCAGUUUCCAUUCAAGUUCUGCUCUUUGGCAAAGCUGGUUCAGCACAGAGAAUUCUUCGUAUAAGGCGACAGGGUUACACGUGUACUUUCACAGCAUAUGUUUUCAAUUUAGACAUUUCAAAAAGACACUUAACAGUACUGAGAGUUAUUCAGAAAUUGUUCAUUUAAAUACAUGAUAGUAAAUCAGUCAAGAAUGCUUGCGUCAGGGGAUAAAGUCGGUAUACAAACAGCCAUAAAGGAAGUUUGGUGUAGUUGGUUAGCAAGCAGAUGUGUUCUCCCUCUUGAGGCACUCAGAGGACAUGACUGGAUGCUUUACCAAGCUGCUGCUGCUGGAUCAUAUUCUUUAUUUCACUCUGCUUCACUGAACAAUCAGAUUAAUCAUGUUAUAAGUAGUCAGCCUGUGCGUGAGAGUGCGUGUGAAUAAGUGUGUGUGCGUGUGCGGAUGUUCAUAUAUGAUCAGGACACAACCACCACUCAUUCAUGUGGUGAAAAUGAUGGACAUCAGAAACACAGUUGCAUAUUUUGAUUAAAGAAUGUUUUUAAUGAAAA